CGCGUAUGGUUAAAAUUCCAUCAAAUGUCAGGCGCUUUAACAUCUUAAAAAAAAACCCAAAAAAAAGAAAGAAAAGAAGAGUACCGGGAUGUCCUAUGCUCUCUCAAAUCAGAACAGCAAUAGUUUGUGUCAUUGGCAAAAGAGCUAUCCUCAAAUUUCCUAACAUUACCCGACCCGAAUCGCGCUCCCAUCCAUUACAUUUGCACAAGUCACAACGGCCAUCUUCUUCUUCCUCAUGAUGGUCAAUCCGAAGCCCUAGCAACUGGGAAUUGUUUCGCAGCCAUACCGUAGUUGUAAAUUGAAAUCGAAAAUGUCUCACUUCAACUACACAAUCUAAUGAUGGUGAAGAUUUGAGGUAUAAGAAUAUAAUUUGUGGUUGUGGGAAAAUAGCUUCUAUCAAAGUAACAAAGUACAACCAUAAUAACAAUAAGGGGAAGCUAUACUAUGUCUGUCCCACCAGAACAUGUACUCUAUGGGCGUGGUAACCCUUUGAUCUCUUGUUACUACAGAUCUAAUAUGUAUAUGAUUUGAGAUAUCUGCGCAGAUUUUCGUUAUCAUUUCUAUGGGUUGCAGGCUUGGGUUAUGGUGGGUGAGUUCCCAUAUUGGCCAGGCAGGGUCGUUUGACAUCCACAUAUUUCCACAGAACAUUUUAGUUCCAGUGAUGCGGUAUCUGGUAUUGUAGGAAACAUGCGACAAACAUGGCAAUGUCACAGAUUACACUAGCAAGAACAUGGAGUUGCAACAGCAAGGAGAGGUAUUCCUCUGCGGAUUGUAACACCAGAGCAUUCAGUCAAGUCCAGAUGUUCUACCUUGGCCUCACCAGGCAAUGCCCAAUUGAACUUGUGCAUGAGAUUUGCUAACACAAACUCAUUGGUGGUCAUUGCGAAGGAGGUCCCUGGGCAGCCCCUCCUGCUAGCUCCAAAUGGAAUCAAUUCAAAGUCAUGCCCUCUGAAAUCUAUAGAAGAAUUCAAGAACCUCUCAGAAUGAAACUCUUCAGGUUCAACCCAUGACAUGGGGUCCUUUCCGAUUGCCCAAGCAUUGAUAAUAACCAUUGUUCCGGCUGGAAUGUCAUAGCCCAUUAGUCUGACAUCUUCGCUCGCUUCACGUCUGUGUAAUGCGAUAGGAGGAUGCAAACGAGCAGUUUCUUUGACCACUGCUUUAAGGCAGUGCAUUUCCUCCUGAUCAUCUGCUGUUAUGUGUGGUUUGCCUUUAAGAAUUUCUCUGACUUCAUUUUGCACAUUAUUCAUGACUCUCAGGUGUCUUAAUAGCUCUGUCAUUGCCCAUUCUAGGACUGUGGAAGUGGUAUCAGUUCCAGCAACUAAGAUGUCCUACAAGAAUCAGAAGAUAAAACAAAUUAAGAUGAGAGAGAGAGAGAGAGAGAGGGAUCCUCACCAAGAUGAGAGCUUUGAUGCAAUCUCUAUCAACAUCAAUAUUGUAUUUAUGGAUCCUAAGCAAAAUAUCAAGGAAAUCCUCCCUGCCUUCGUCUUCAACUCUCUCAUCGCCAUUACUCUUCCUUGUCAGUACAUUCAUACGCUCUUCAACUACUUGCUCCAGGAAUUCAUCAAUCUCUUUUGCAACGUAUGGAUGAUAAUCAUGAUACUAGAAAAUAAAGACAGUGACUAUCAUGAUCUGAUCCUUUCAUUUGACAUGGGCAAUGAAUUGUUUCACGAGAUCCGUGGUAUUCCAUAUUCAAAACGUGGCAUUCUUGCACCCUACUAUGACUCUCUUGCUCUGAUUUGUCAUUGUUCUAGUGAUUCAGGUGUUGACAUUUUACAGACCAGUGACAUGAUUGAUCCAUCCAAGCCAUGGAAUGAAGUCCCCAACAUCAAAGCUGCUCAACAACCCCGAGAAAGCCUUCAAUUGCAGCAUAAACUUCUUCCUAUCUCCCCAUCCACUGUACUUUCUCCCAAAAGCAGCCCUGCCUACCACAUCAUUCGUUAGCAGCGUGAACAUUUCACUUAAAUUCAAUGGCGAGGAUGGAGAAGAUGAUUCUUCCAUCUUCUUCAUCAGGAGGGCUGUUUCUUCUUCUCUGACAAUAUGAAAAGACUGACUCUUCUAUUACUUAGAAGCUGGAGUACAAAAAUGCUUUUCAUCUGCCUCCAGAAUUCACCAUAAGGGGCCGUAAUCACAUCCUUGUAAUUGUAGAGAAGCCGUUCAACAAUGUUUGAUUUUGGCUUGUUUGAAAAGACAAGAUCAUGUGUUUUCAUGAUCUCUCGAGCAGUGUCAGUGGAUGAGGCAACAAGUGUCGGCCUGCUGCCGAGGUGAAUCAGCAUGAGAGGCCUGUGUCGUUGAGAUAAAGAUCAGAGUGAGCGAUGAGCGGGCAAGUACAGUUGGUGCAAGUUUCCUAUAAUUGGGUGCUUUGGUGGUGAAGGUGGUAGGUGUUUGUUGAUAAUAGAAGUAUUGAGGAACCAUGUCUUGAUGAGGAAUGCUACGAUUAAUAACGGAAGACAAGAGAAGAAAAAUGGGUGCAAGAGAAAUGAAGACACUAGCUGCUCCAUCAGAUUCAGAUGCAGAAAGCUAGACAGAUCCCUUAUCAUGCGUGUUAGAGCACUUGUUUUUAAACUAAUGAAGAUUUCUUUGUGUAUGCAUGUGAUUAAAGUAUUAAACAAUAUGUGAAGUCAGUAACUGCUCCUUCAAAUGCAGAAAACUAGACACAUCCCUUUUGUGUGCACGCCCACACUUGUUUUUAAACUAAUGAGGAUUUCAUUGUUGUUGCGUUUUGGUGUA